AUGGGGAUCGGCUUGGAUAAGCUGCGUCCUAGCGUGUCGCUAUUUCACGGCAUCGCGCCGGGAAAGCGAGUCCAACCCCUUGGACAGAUCGACUUGCCCGUCUGCUUCGGCACCCCAUCCAACUUCCGCAAGGUGGUACUCACCUUCGAGGUAGUAGGGUUUCGUGGGGCGUACCACGCCAUAUUAGGGCGGCCAUGCUACGCCAGGUUCAUGGCGGUCCCCAACUACACCUACCUCAAGACGAAGAUGCUGGGUCCGAAGGGCAUCAUCACUGUCGGCCCAUCGUUCGAUCACGCCUACGAGUGUGACGUCGAAUGCGUCGAGCGUGCAGAGGCCCAAGCAGAGGACGAGGCCCUUGCAGCCAGCUUGGAUAAGAUGGUGAGCGAAGUCAUGGACUCCACGCACCGGCACGCAGGCAGCUUCGAACCAGCCGAGGGUAUCAAAAAGGUGCCCCUCGACCCGAGCCACCCUCACGACAGGGCGUUGCAGAACGUAGAAGCAUAUGUCGACGACGUCAUUGUAAAAUCUAGGAAGGCCGACGACCUGGUAAACGAUCUCAGGAUCGCGUUCGACUGCCUAAGGGCUAAGGGGAAAGUCGAGGCCAUCAAGUGGAUGGGGCCGAUCAGAGACUUGAAGGGGGUACAGAGGGUCAUGGGCUACCUGUAA